GCUAGGGUUUUGGGCGCCCAAUUUGACGCAGGGCACGACCGGAAGAACUUGGGAAAGCAAUAGGUUAUUGGUAACAUGGCAGAUGAUGACUACAACGAUAUGGACAUGGGGUAUGAGGAUGAGCCACCUGAACCUGAAAUUGAGGAAGGUGCUGAGGUAGAGGAAGAAAACAAUGAUGAUGUUCCAGAUGAUAUUAUUGGUGCUGAAAAUGAAGAAAAGGAGCAAGAACCAGUUGAGCAUCCUAGGAAAACAUCCAAGUACAUGACAAAGUAUGAGCGUGCAAGGAUAUUAGGAACACGUGCUCUUCAGAUCAGCAUGAAUGCGCCUGUAAUGGUUGAGCUUGAAGGUGAAACUGAUCCUCUGGAGAUUGCGAUGAAAGAGCUUCGAGAGCGCAAGAUACCCUUCACCAUUCGAAGGUAUCUUCCUGAUGGGAGUUAUGAAGAUUGGGGAGUUGACGAACUGAUAGUAGAGGACUCCUGGAAGCGGCAGGUUGGUGGGGAUUGAGAGGGACUUCAAGCCUCUCAUCCAUUCCUGCAGGAUCUGGAAAUGGACCCUAUAUCUCUUGUUUAUAGACUUUUUAUCUGCCGUUGUUUUAGGGCUAA